AUGAACUCGUUGUACAAUCUUGCUGUGCGGCAAGAGGCGGCUGUGCGCGCUGAUAUCGGCGUGUACAAUGCUGAUCCAACUGCCGCGAGACGUGCGCAAAUUUCAGCCGCGAUUGCAACGCUGCUCAAGACAGUAGAGGAUUACGAGGGGAUGGCGAAGCGAGAAUUGGUGAUUGCGAAGCGAGAAAAGGCGCUCGCGCGCGCGACGAGCUUUCGGGAAAUGACGUUGAAAAUGCGCGAAGAGCUAAACCGGGUGCCUGAGCAUACAAUGUCUUCGCCGGUGAACGCAGUGCAUGCGGCUACGGCGAUGGACACAGCGCAAGUACCUCGUGCAAGAGCAAUUGAUAUGACUGGCGCAAGCGCACCUUUUGUAGUGACGAGCACGCCGCAGAUGCCAACUUUGCCUGCAUAUGCGAGGCCGACAAUGCAGCACAACAUGCCAAACAUGUACGGCCAAGGAAACAUGCAGCAAGCGUCGGAUCCACUCAUGGCUUACAAGGUGCAGCCAAACUACCCAAACGGCUACGAGCCGGGCUCUUCGUACAGUAUGCGUGAGAACCAUGCUUUGCGCGAGCACUCCUUCAUCCAAAGUACAGAAGUGCAGCUGGAUGCAUUUAUUUCACAGGGGCGGUCCGUGCUGAACAACUUGGUCGAGCAGCGUGGUAUUUUGAAAGGUACACGGAGGCGGCUGCUUGAUGCGGCGAAUAAGGUUGGACUAAGUCGCGAGUUGAUUGGUAUUAUCGACCGUGUCAGUGCGCAGGACAGUUUCAUUUUCGGCGUGGGUGCUGUUUUCACCCUGUUUGCGUUCUUCAUGAUAUACCGAUGGUUUGGCUGA